UGUCGCUGCCAAAUCAUGUUUUCCACCCUGACAACUACUAGCACUUGACUUGGCGCUAGUUUUACAACGUAACACUGUUCAAUAUACAUCAGUUUUACUAUAGCAGGAAAGAACAGGAUGGAUGUCGAUUCAGUGUUCUACACUGAUCGAAGUGGAAAAGUCACCAGUAACCCCUUGCUCGACCAGCUUCCCAGCUACCAGUCCCUCCUCUACCGCAGGAAGCCAUCCAAUACUGGCACCAAGCGAAGGAGCAGCUCUCGAGCUCGUAUUGGCUCCUCUGGCAGUGGGAAAUGGAAUGUAAAUAGAUAUGAUGAGAAACAGAAUAGCCAAGUGGAGCAGAGACCAAUUAGAGAGCUAGCCAAGACCAUGGCUGAGAAACGCAGAAACAAAGCACUACGCCGAGAAGAGGAUGCAGAGCUCAGCAGCUGUAGACAGUGGAGGCAAAACACCCACAGGUAUCUCCGAAGGCUGCAUGAUGAUGUCCACGAGUGGCUGACUGCCCUGCAACUUUGGAGGGGUGACAUCCACCUGAUAGAGGGAAUGUUUGGCACAGGGAUUCUGUCCUAUUUUUCUUUCCUGCGCUUCCUUGUGAUGCUCAACCUGAUCAUCUUUACCCUCAUGUUCAGCUUUGUCUUGUUGCCCAUCAUCAUUGCCCCCCACGCCUCAGGGAACAUCACAUACAACCAGGAUGAUGGUAGUAUUUGCAGUUUUUAUACAGGCAGUGCUCGCCGAGGUCUUGUAAUUUUUCAUGAGCACAUCACAGAUCUCUUGUCUGGUGGCGGCUUUCUUGAGCAGACCUAUCUAUUUUAUGGAUACUACAAAGUGGACAAAAUCCACUUCCCCAGGAUCACCUAUAAUUUGCCUCUAGCCUACCUGUUGGUCACUGUAGCAUACCUCUUCCUCAGUCUCAUCUGGAUUGUUAAAAGGUCUGCCACUGGUUUUAAACGUAACCUGGUUCAGGAUGAAGACCGCUUCCAGAGUUUUUGCAACAAGAUCUUUGCUGGUUGGGACUUCUGCAUCACCAACGGGAAUGCAGCAAAGCUCAAAAGGAGCAGUCUGCUUUAUGAACUUAGGACAGAUUUGGAGGAAGAAAGGAUCAAACAGAAAAUAGCAGAUCGUACCCGUAAAGAGAGAUGCCGCAUUUAUCUCAUACGCCUCAUCCUCAACCUGUUCGUCAUUGGUGUAUUGGCCGGUUGCUUCUACAGCAUUUACAUUGCCACCAUUUUCUCCCAGGAAGCACAGAUGAAUGAGGUCAAGGAGAAUUUCAUUGUGGAUCUCAUCCACGAGUAUCUGCCCUCAAUUGUUAUCACUUUGGCCAAUUUCGUCACUCCUCUCCUCUUUUCAGUCAUUAUCAACUAUGAGGACUAUUCGCCUGCUUUCGAGAUCCGGUUUACUCUCAUGAGGUGUGUAUUCAUGCGACUGACCAGCAUUGGAGUUUUGCUCUUCUCUCUCUGGUCUCAGAUCACGAAAUGUAAAGAGGAGCCAUGUGUCUGCGGCUAUAACCAUUUGCUCUACUCAUGUUGGGAGACACGUGUUGGCCAGGAAAUGUACAAACUCACCAUCUUUGACUUUAUAAUCAUUUUGGCAGUCACCAUCUUUGUGGAGUUUCCCCGAAAGCUUAUCGUAAAGUACUGCGACUGUGGCCUUGCUAAGUGGUGGGGUCAGCAGGAGUUUGCUAUCCCUCAGAAUGUUCUCGAGAUCGUCUACGGCCAGACCAUCUGCUGGAUCGGCGCAUUCUACUCCCCAAUGCUGCCUGCCAUCUGCACCAUCAAGUAUUUUUUUAUCUUUUACAUCAAAAAGGUGUCAUUGAUGAACAAUUGUCGUCCAGCCACACGACCAUUUAGAGCCUCAAGUUCCAACUUUUUCUUCCUGGGUGUGCUGCUGAUCGGUCUGUGUUUGGCUUGCCUACCUGUUAUUGUUAGUGUAGCACAGAUAAACUGUUCCCAGGCGUGCGGCCCAUUUGUGAACUACACCACCUCUUGGGAAGUGCUGCCAGCUGCCAUAUCCCAGCUACCCACUGGAGUCCAAACUCUCCUCUUCACUGUCUCCUCUGAGGCCUUUGCUGUAUCCUUCUUUGUUGUUACAUGUUUGGCCAUGUUUUAUGUGAUCGCACUAGCUGGAGCACACAAGAGGGUUAUUAAACAACUUAGGGAGCAGCUAGUCAUGGAGGGUCGAGACAAGCAUUUCCUGAUCCAGAAACUGUGCCAGGCUCAGAAACUCUCCGCUAUCACAUCUCCCGGGUUGAAAAGUCAGCGGCGGCCCAGUAGAAGCAGCCCCAGUUACCACACCAGCUUCUCCAACAAUUUUCCUGAAGGGGUGUUCCUGCCACAUUCACCUCUCGACACUUCCACGCAUGUGUGAAGCAACAAACCUUUGUAACCAUACCACACUGGACAAGCAAGCUGCAGUUAGAUGGAAACAAACUGUUUCUUUGCAUAUAAUAUAAUUUGUCGUUUUACUCUGUAUUGUCGAAACAAAAUAAUUUGUUGUUUUUUUUACAUUUUACAGUGAUCAUUUCCUUCUGAGGACUUCACUACAAACACUAAUUCUCUAUUAGACUACUCUUAAUACGGUAUAGUGCACUUUAUACGCAUUAACGCUAAAUAGGGACUAAAUAACAUAUCUACCUGGAUAACAUUGUGUGCCAUGUGGUUAUGCAAAAAAACAAAACAAAAAACAUUACAUUUACAACACAAUGCAAAGCAUUCCAUACUGGUCACUAUUGUUACUUUUUUUUCUUUUUUUUUUUUAGUAUUGUUUCAAACUUUUGUUAAAAGUGUUUUUCUUGCAUUGCGGGUGUU